AUGGACAGGAAGGACAGACAGGUCCAGAGACUCACCCGUCCUCCCACCGUCUCACAGCUGACCCAGGCCCAGGCGGGCCGGUUCAACGUGCACGUGCACGUGGAGUACGAGUGGCGCCUCCAGAACCAGGACCUGGACGAGAGCGAGGACGAGAUGGAGGACAAGCCGAUCCCGACCCGGCGGGACGAGCGCCCGGUCAGCUGCUUCCUGCCCGGCGCCGGGUCCGGGUCCGGGUCUGGGCCCGGGUCCGGGCCCAGCAUGGCGGCGCUGGCCCGGGACGCCGCCUGCCUGGCCCGGGACAGGCAGAGACCGGGACCGGGAACCAUGAUGACCAACGAGACCUACGGAACCACCAUGCUGCCGGGACCAGGACUGGGUUCAAGCCCAGGUCCCGCGCCGCCUCUGCCUGCAAGACCACCAGCAAAAGGACCAGGUCUCUCUAAACCAGCUGCCAUGGAGUCAGUCGGACGACAGCGGUCCUCGUCGGACCCGCCGAACCCCCAGACCCCCGAGAGGAAUUCCUCCAUGUACGUUCUCCCGGCUCCUCCCCCUCCUCUGGCUCCGCCUCCAGGCAGCAGGAGGUCCAGCAUGAUGGACACCAGGACCGGGACGGCCAAGACCGCCCCCCUUCCUUCCCCGCCCAUUCCUCCGCCCCCCCACUACAAAGCCCCGCCCCUCCCUCCGCCGCCCGGACCCACGUCUCCGUCUGGGUCCGUGAAACGUCCUCAAAGACCCCCAGUGAGGACACCGUCUGUGGACAAAGCAGGUGUUGUGUCUCCUGGCAGUCCUCCAACACCAAAACCCAGAACCACGUUCUCUCUGAAGCCCCGCAGGGUGAAGGCUCUGUACGACUGUCUCGCUGACAACGUGGACGAGUUGACGUUCAGUGAGGGGGACGUGAUCGUGGUGGACGGGGAGGAGGACAGCGAGUGGUGGAUUGGACACAUCGAAUCUCAGCCGGACAGACGGGGAGUGUUUCCUGUCACCUUCGUCCACUUCAUCUCAGAGUGACCAGACCACACACACACACACAGAGUAACACACAAUCACACACACACACACACACACACACACAAAGAGAAACAUACAAUCUCACACACACACACACACACACACA